CAAGAUUAUAAAAGGCUGAAACAUAAUUAUUGAGCAAACAGCGCAGUCCACAGUCCACAUCUUGAGCUUCCUUUCCCGCAAGCUGUUCAUGGAUUCAUUCCAGCCGGCUAUUAUUUUUGGUCUCAUCUCCCGAUUCUAGAAGGUCAAAUAGACACAAAUUUACAUAAUCUCCCGCUAAUUUCUGUUAAUCGUUGGAUUCUGAGAACAAAAACGAUUAGAGAAGGAUGGGAAAAGGAUCAAAAGAACGGUCAAAGGAGCGUCGUGAAAGUAGACUUCAAGAAAUAUCUCUGCUUCGCACUUACUCUUAUUCUAAUCAUGAGAGGUGGUGGAAUUCUAAGAAAACUAUUGCAGUAGUGACUGGAGGUAACCGAGGAAUUGGCUUUGAGAUCAGUCGGCAACUUGCUAGUCAUGGGAUCUCUGUUGUACUUACCUCAAGAGACUCUGAAGUUGGUAUAGAAGCUGUAAAGGUUCUGCAGGAGGUUGGCUUGUCAGUGGAGUUUCACCAAUUGGAUAUUGUUGAUCCUCAAUCUAUUGAGGAGUUUGCUGACUGGAUUAAAGCAACUCACGGUGGCUUGGAUAUAUUGGUAAAUAAUGCAGGUGUAAAUUUCAACAUUGGAUCAGAGAAUUCUGUUGAACAUGCAGAGCAGGUUAUUAAAACAAAUUAUUAUGGCACAAAAAAUCUAAUUGAAGCUUUAAUUUCUUUGAUGAAACCUUCUCCUUCUGGUGCCCGGAUUGUUAAUGUGAGCUCAAGGCUUGGCCGAAUAAACGGAAGAAGAAAUAGGAUUGGAGAUCCAAACUUGAGAGAACAGCUAUCUAACGAUGACUCGCUUUCAGAGGAAUUGAUUGAUGAUACUCUAAAGAACUUUCUGCAACAAACAAAAGAUGGUAGCUGGGAAUCAGGUGGGUGGCCUCAGAACUUCACCGAUUACUCAAUGUCAAAGCUUGCCAUUAACUGUUAUUCCAGGUAUUUGGCAAGAAAACUGAGUGACCGACCUGAAGGUGAGAAAGUUUGCAUAAAUUGCUUUUGCCCUGGUUGGGUAAAAACGGCUAUGACAGGUUGGUCUGGUAAUUCAUCUGUCGAAAUCGGGGCUGACACGGGGGUUUGGCUUGCAUUGCUUCCUGGACAACCACCAGUCAAGGGGAAAUUUUUUGCUGAAAGACGUGAGAUACACUUUUAAGUAACUUUGUCUUCACCAUGUUGGCUCGAAUUCUUCGUCGAGCCAAAAUUACAUUAAGAAGUUUUAUGACUAAAACGAGGUUGACACUAGACAAUAUUGGUUCAGUUGAUAGGCAUUGUCUUCACUGCGACAGUACACGAUUGGUAUAGUUCAUAGGCAUAUGUAUUUCUGUGUUUUGUCGAGUGGUGUUUUCUUGUACUGUGUGUUUUAUGUUAUAUUUUGUAUUUACUCUCAUCCUUGUAUUCACUUUCACCUGUUAUAAACUGACAGUUUACUUCUAUCUUUGAAAAAAUUAUUGUUAAUUUUCCUA